AUGAGGAGCACUAGCACCCUGCUCCUUGGGUUGUCCGCGGCCGCAUACGGUCUGAGCGAUCAUGCCGACCAAAAAGUGUGUAGGUUUCGCACCGGCAACGCCAAUGAAGUAAGACAGAAAGUGGAAGAGUAUCUUGAUUUUCCAGCUGAUAUAUGGACUCGCAGCACCAAAUUCGUUGACAUUAGGGUCCCGGCGACCCUUGCAAACCAGUUGGAAGGCUGUGAGGUGGUAAUUGACGACCUUCAAGACGCUAUCGCUGAAACCUAUCCAGGUCCGGACGCUGAGCUUUUUAUGUCCUCGCUCGACAAUGGCCCACAGUCUCUGCGACCUUUGGAUCCUUUUUCAGAGCUGAAAGCAUCGAACGACAUUUUCUUCAGUCAAUUUCGUGAUCUCGACACCAUAUAUACAUGGCUGGACCUUAUGCAGCUCACAUUCCCCGACUUGGUCAAAAUAGAAUUGGUAGGCCAAACUUUUGAGGGACGGGAGAUGAAGGCAUUGCACAUUAGUGCAAACAACAAAGAACUGAACCCCGAAAAGAAAACUAUCAUCAUUACAGGAGGCGUUCACGCCCGAGAGUGGAUCGGUGUGAGCACUGCAUGUUAUUUUAUCUCCCGACUACUAGCAGGCUAUGGAGUUAAUAAAAGGGAGACGCGGUAUCUGGACCGCUUGGACUUUCUCAUUGUCCCUGUCUUUAAUCCUGACGGUUAUGUCUACACUUGGAGCCAUGACCGCCUGUGGAGAAAGAACAGACAACAGACCUAUUAUCCGAGAUGCUUCGGUAUAGAUAUUGACCAUUCGUUCGAUUUCCAUUGGACUGGAACGCAAGAUUUCCCAUGCAGCGAAGAUUACAGCGGCGAAGCGCCAUUCGAGGCCUUGGAAGCCGAAUCAUGGAACAAUUAUAUCAGUGAGGCUAAAAAGGAGUAUACAAUUCAUGGCUACUUGGAUCUGCACUCAUACUCCCAAGAAGUGCUAUACCCAUACGCGUAUUCAUGCGACGCCCUCCCAAGAGACCUUGAAAACUUAUUGGAGCUGUCCUAUGGCCUUGCCAAAGCGAUUAGACGGAAAAGCGGCAAAAACUACCAUGUUCUUUCGUCAUGCGAAGACAGAGGAUCGGAUUUGACACCUGGUCUCGGGUCCGGGUCUGCGUUGGACUACAUGUAUCACCAUCGAGCCUACUGGGGUAUUCAAUUGAAACUACGAGACACCGGAAACCACGGGUUUCUGUUGCCUCCAAAAUACAUAGUCCCAGUGGGUAAGGAAGCUUACGGGGCACUCAAGUAUUUCUGCGAUUUUAUUUUGAACCCGGAUCUUUAA